GCAACUUCCUGGGGGCGUCACCCACAACUGCGCAUCCUCUGGUCGGCUCGGGCGCUGAGGCUGCCGGGGGACGCUCUGGCCUGGCCCGGGUUAGGAACAAACGCGUGAGGAACAUCGCAAGGGUCACAGUAGGACGCCGGUUCAAACGCAGUUGUUUACAUUAGUCUGACAGCGUAAACUCGGUUUGUGUGCAGUGACAUAUCUAGAAGAUGGAGUUGUAGCUGGUAUACAGACGUAGUAAUGUAUGAUGCUGUUCCAAUCCAGUCAAGCGUGGUCUUAUGCUCCUGUUCAUCCCCUUCAAUGGUGAGGAACCAAGCAGAUUCCAGCACUCCUGUCAUUUCCGCUUGUGGCAGCAGACAGGGAUCUAACAUGGAGGGCACAGCACCUGAAUCAAGAUCUAAUUCAAACUCCUUGCAGCAGCAUACAGGACAGCAGCCUCCGCAGCCUCGAAAGAAACGACCUGAUGACUUCAAAUUUGGGAAAAUUCUUGGUGAAGGAUCUUUUUCAACGGUUGUCUUGGCUCGAGAAUUGGCAAGUUCUAGAGAAUAUGCCAUUAAAAUUCUAGAAAAACGUCAUAUCAUAAAAGAAAACAAGGUACCAUAUGUGACACGAGAGAGAGAUGUAAUGUCCCGUCUGGAUCACCCUUUUUUUGUGAAACUGUACUUCACCUUUCAGGAUGAUGAAAAGCUAUAUUUUGGACUUAGCUAUGCCAAAAACGGAGAGCUGCUAAAGUAUAUACGCAAAAUUGGCUCAUUUGAUGAGACCUGUACAAGGUUUUAUACUGCUGAAAUUGUAUCAGCCCUGGAGUAUUUGCAUGGCAAAGGAAUCAUUCACAGGGACCUUAAGCCAGAGAACAUCUUAUUAAAUGAAGAUAUGCACAUUCAAAUAACAGACUUUGGAACAGCAAAAGUAUUAUCUGCAGAUAGCAGACAAGCACGGGCAAACUCAUUUGUAGGGACAGCACAGUAUGUUUCUCCAGAACUGCUGACAGAGAAAUCUGCCUGUAAAAGCUCUGACCUCUGGGCUCUGGGAUGCAUAAUAUAUCAACUUGUAGCUGGAUUGCCUCCAUUUAGAGCUGGAAAUGAAUAUCUUAUAUUCCAGAAGAUAAUAAAGUUGGAAUAUGAUUUCCCAGAAAAAUUUUUUCCCAAGGCAAAAGACCUUGUGGAAAAGCUAUUGGUUCUAGAUGCUACCAACCGAUUAGGUUGUGAAGAAAUGGGAGGAUAUGGGCCUCUUAAGGCUCACCCCUUCUUCGAAUCCAUUGUGUGGGAGAACCUACAUCUUCAGACACCCCCUAAACUUACAGCGUAUUUACCUGCUAUGUCAGAGGAUGAUGAAGACUGUUAUGGAAAUUAUGACAAUCUCCUGAGUCAGUUCGGUUGCAUGCAAGUUUCUAGUUCUGCCUCUUCCCAUUCACUGUCUGCUGCAGAGACAAGUACACCACAGACAUCAGGAGGAAAUAUUGAACAGUAUAUUCAUGAUCUUGACAACAAUUCCUUUGAGCUGGAUUUACAGUUUUCUGAAGACGAAAAGAGGUUACUUCUGGCAAAACAAGCUGGUGGAAAUCCUUGGCAUCAGUUUGUAGAAAAUAACUUAAUCCUAAAAAUGGGUCCAGUGGACAAAAGAAAGGGAUUGUUUGCACGUCGGCGCCAAUUGCUGCUUACAGAAGGGCCUCACCUGUAUUAUGUGGAUCCUGUCAACAAAGUUCUAAAAGGAGAAAUUCCAUGGUCUUUAGAGUUGCGUCCAGAAGCCAAGAAUUUUAAGACAUUUUUUGUUCACACGCCAAACAGGACAUAUUACCUGAUGGACCCAAGUGGGAAUGCUCAUAAAUGGUGCAAAAAGAUACAUGAAGUUUGGCGGCACAGAUACCACCAGAAUGCUGCAAAAUAGUAAAGCUCAUCCAAAAUUU